GUGAGCAGAGAGUGCACGAGCGAUGCAAAUCGGGUAUGGACUCACAUGAAUCGCGAAUCGGGCAGUGAUGUAAAAGUGAAAAAGUUUAGGGAAGGUAAGACGGAUGAGCUAGGGACGCGUACAAUUGUUUCAUCUUCGUGGGCAACAAAUCCAAGUUGAGUAAUAGCAAUCUCCUUUAAAGAUGGAAGCGGGUAAGCCUUCCCUGUCCGCUGAUCAGUACUUCUGUCCGAUGUGUCUGGAUGCCCUGAAUGAGCCGGUCACUAUCUCGUGUGGACACAGCUAUUGUAUGGACUGUAUUAAUGACUACUGGGACAAGUCGGACACACCGGGAAUUUACAAGUGUCCUGAGUGCAGAGAAACGUUUACAGUAAGGCCUCAGAUUAAGAGAAAUACAAUGCUGAAAGAUAUUCUGGAGAAACUGAAGGGCGCGGAAGCCGAUGUCGGUCCGUCUCAGAGUUACGCAGGACCUGACGAUGUCUCCUGUGAUGUAUGUUCCAGGAGAAAAAGGAAAGCUUCAAAGACCUGCCUGACCUGCAUGGCUUCCUACUGUGAGGCUCAUCUGCAGCCUCACCGCAAGUCUGAAGCUUUCAAAAGACACAAACUGGAGGAGGCGACUGGAAACCUGCAAGAGAAACUCUGCGCGCAACAUCACAAAGUUCUGGAAAUCUUCUGCAGGACUGAUGACACCUGCGUCUGCUUACUUUGUGUGGCGACUGAACACAAGAGUCAUGACACGGUGACACCUGAGGAAGAAAGAACCGAGAGACAGAGUCAAUUGGGAGAAAAAAAGGCUGAAAUGAUAAAGAGAAUUCAGGAGAAAGAGGAGAAACUUGCGGAGAUGAAGGAGACUAUAGUGAGGAUUCAGAGCUCUGCAGAAAAAGAAGUACAGGAACAUGAAGAGACCUUCAAGUCUAUGCUUCAGUCUAUUGAGAAGCUGAGAUCAGAGGUAACUGAGGUGAUCAGAGAUUACAUGCAGAGGAAAGUGGGAAAGGUUAAAGAGCUAAUGACAAAACUGGAGAAUGAGAUCAAGGACCUGAAGACAAGAGACACUGAUAUGACCGAGCUUUCACAGACAGACGACCACGUCCACUUCCUGAAGAGGUUCCAGUAUUUCUGUGACUCUCUUGGAGAAGAAGACAAAUUCAACAUCUCUAUUAAUGAAGAUUUUCUUCCUGACACUCUAAGGAUCAGUUUUUCUGAAAUGAAGAAGAGUCUAGAGGAGAUGAGCAGCUGGGAGUUUGUGAAGAGCAGUGAGACUGAAGUUGAUAAUCCAGGUUACAUUCUGCACAACUUGAGGAGUAGAAAUGGACUUUUAAAAUACUCCUGUCCACUCACUCUGGACAGCAACACAGUGCACAGAUGCCUUCACCUGUCUGAAGAGAACAAAAAGGUGACAGACAAGUUCACAGUGAGUCCAUAUCCUGAUCAUCCUGACAGAUUUGACUGUCGACCCCAAGUUCUGUGCAGAGAGGCUCUAAGUGGAAGUCGCUGUUACUGGGAGGUCGAGUGGAGUGGAGACAUGAUUGAUAUUGGUGUGACCUAUAAAGGAAUAACAAGGAAAGGACAGAGUAAAGAGUGUCUCCUUGGAUUCAAUGACAAGUCCUGGCGUUUGUUCUGCUCUCGUUCCAGUUAUGCGGUGUGUCACAAUAACAUGAAGUUUGUAAUCCGUGCCCCUUGCAGUCCCAGAAUAGGUGUUUAUUUGGACUAUCCUGCUGGCUGUCUGUCAUUUUAUAGCAUCUCACACACAAUGACCCUUCUGCACAGGUUCAAGACCUCCUUCACUGAGUCUCUCUAUCCAGGGUUUGGGGUUGGAUUAAACUCUAGUGUUACAAUCCACUCUCUGAGCCCAUCUGACCAGUGAUCAGUUUCAUCUACAGGUCUUCUCAUGUCUUCUGUUAUACAAGACGUCUUGCUAUUUUGGGGUGAAGAGGAAAAUUCUGUGGACCAUGCUGGAGUUCUCAUUCCUGCCAUCUCUCAGACCACAACUGGAUGCUCUGCCAUUUCUUCUCUACAGUAAUUGUAGACUGAUGUGGCUAUCUGAUCCUCUGUCCUUUAAAUUGGUUAUCAUCAAGAAAACAUUGAGAAGAGUGGACUGUGAGUUGAAGUCCAUUCAGUGAGAUCAGAUUGAAAACCUUGAAUCAUUAGGUGACCCACAUUUUAGUACCUACAGAGUGGAUCUCUGUGUAAUGGUUAAAAUGUAAAUUCAGUCUGCAGUAGCAGUAACAGUGAAUAAAGCUCAA